AUGGAUGCGGCGGGAAUCACCGAAGCUUUGAACGUAUCGGCCGGGAUGGUCUGGUCUCCCCUUCCUUGGAACGAAGAAUCUAUUCAGGAACUUGAGCUGGAGCUGGAGCGAAGGCUGGCCUUUCCCUGGCUAUCCUCAAAGCCGGUCCCCACGCGUCGCGUGUGCGUCGUUCUCCUAAGUAAUGUCAGCAUCCCGACAACGAAAAUUAGGUGGGACACAGCAGCUGCUAUGGGUGUGAAGGUUGUUGUGCUGAGCACGGGCUCAUGGUGGAAGGAUGACAACGGACCUUGUGCACAUUUAAGAGAAGCCUUCAUUGACAUCGAUAUGACAGUCGACUCUGGUUUGUCCGAGAGGAUCGCCAAUGCUGUCAAGUUGUAUCCACAACCGAUCGAUGGCAUUUUUGCAAUAUCAGAUGUCCUUCUGAUCCCGGUGGCGGAGGCAGCCACACAGCUUGGCUUAUGGACCAGUGGUCCCAAACCCUUUACCAUCUCCACAAACAAGUAUCUCACACGCCGGAUACUGGACCCGCUGUCACGAGAGUACUUCUGGGUGGACUCAGUACAGGCACUGGAGACGCGGCUUGCAUCUAGCGAUCCCGUCAACUUCCCCCUUGUCUGCAAGCCAUUCCAAGGCAGAGGAAGUGAAGGCGUCUUCCGAGCCGACAACGCUGCGCAACUCCGACAUGCUGUCUCUCGAGCACUGGCUUCGAAGAAUGGCGCCAAUGUUUUGGUUGAGCCUUACGUGGAUGGGCCCGAGGUGGACUGCAAUCUCGUUCUCCUCAAUGGCCGCAUUCUCUAUUCCGAGGUGGUCGACGACUUCCCCUGCCAAGCGGAUGUCGCCCAAGACCCCUCGGACAAGCUGUUUGCCGAAACCGAAGCUGUUGUGCCGUCAAGACUGCCUGCCUUCGAGCAGCAUGCCAUCAUUGACGCCGUCCUCGAUGCGGUUCUCCUGCAAGGGUUUGACACUGGAGUCUUCCACUGCGAGGCAAGAGUCCGCAAUUCGUCAAUGCACUACAUUGUGGCCGAGGACGCCACUCUUCCGGAGCUGGAGUGGAACAAGAAGCCAAUAGAGAUUACAACAGAGACGCCGUCUAUUUUCCUUCACGAGGUCAACGCCCGCAUCCCGGGUAUCGCUAGCUCUGCUGUUUCGAUGCUUGCCCGUGGGAUUGACUUUUGGACCUUGCAACUCCUGUGUGCAGUCAGUGACUGGUCGCGAUAUGAAGCGCUUUCAAAUCCAUUCGGUCGUGAUGACCGCUGCGAUCAUGCAUGGCUGACCAACGCCAGGGAACUGGUCACCCCAAAGGGCAUUGAGGCCAUGUAUCCGGGUAUACCGCUUGACCUACUCAACAACAAGAUGGUCGACAGCAACCACAACCCGAUCCGGGAGCUCGCCAAGUCUCAUGGAGAUCUGACAAAGUACGUGUUGCGACACUAUGCCAAUGUCAAGGACGCGGCACGAUACGGCUUCCAGGAAGGAGAGUGGCUGUGGGGCGGUUGUAUGGUGAUAGUAUCGCCCAUCAGUCGUCAGCACGCACGUCACGUUGCAGAGAACAUCCAGGACCUUUACCAGGACUUGGUGAGACAGAAGUACUAUGUCGUUUAG